AUGGAGCCAGCUAGUGUUAUAAACACCCGCAAAAUGCGAUAUACUGGCCGUGCUUUGAGUUGUCUAAAAUCGGGACGUCUCAACCCAUCCCUUGAUGCAGGCAAUGACAAGUGUCUCAGCAGUCAAGCACCCUUUAGCAGUCGGCACUGGAACAAUGCAGAGGUCGACGACGGUGACGGUAAGGGUCCCGCGAAGACCUUCAGCUCAAGGCCAGGUCGUAGAAUUGGGCCAUACCCGCUCACAUCUCAUCUAGCCAGUUGGGUGAUUGAUGCAUUUAUGAGAUACAGCCCCUCGAAUGCUGGCUUGGAUCUAGUUCGACCUUUCUCCGAUGAGUUUCAUGAGGCUGUUGAACGGGAACGUGCCACUAGUACCGGCCUUCACGAUUUGAACCUCAUGGAGUUGACGUACCAGGUCACUUUAGAAAUUGGCGCUGAAAUCUUGCUGACAGCCACAGAUAAUGGCAACGUGUCUGAUAUUCAGGACGAGUACCAUUCCUCGAAUGCUGCUCGAGACGAUCACUUCUCUCCUUGGGGCAAACUUCUCACCGGACUCGUUUGUGACCCUCCAAUCAUCUCUCAGUUUCCCUUCUACCUCAUGAUGUGUCAGUCUUUUGGUUUGGAAUCUGACUCCUCUCGAGAGAACUAUGUGUACUCUGCUCUGACUGGCGUUGAUUGGGCCAAGGGCAAGAAUGUCUACAGCGACCGCUUUCGAGCUUUCGAAGAAAACGCGAGGGCCUCUGUCCCUAGCCUGGACGACAAACUCUCCGGGGUGGAUCGGUCUUUCUGGCGUAUUUCUCUCGCAUAUCUCAGUGCCAUGAACAAGAUUGAAAACUCGAGAGAGUUCACAACGCCCCGAGGGUCUCACAUCAACACCCCUCUAGACCCUUAUCUGCUCAUGGCAGUUCGAGGGUUCGACACAAUCGGCUCUGCAUACAUGUGCAGUGACGGGGCCAGCUACCUCGAUAACGCAGGAAUGGACUCGCUCAUCGGAUCCGCUGUCCCGAAUGACGUUAUGGAUCUUCACACGGAUAUCUUGACAGGAGAAACGCGUAACGUUCUCCGCCUACUCUACCCCAAUGGCCAGAGUCUAGACCAGGCAAUCAAAACCAUGUCUACAGUAUUCUCUGGUAUGCUUUGUGAGCUCUUCCGUGGCCAUAAGCGUGCAAGGUUUGAAGGCCGCGAAGACGGUCGAAUUGCGGCGACGUCCCCUCCUUACAGCUUCUGCCGGGCUCGCCAUCGCCGCAUUUUCGAAGUAAUGGAGUCAUACAUUGACCAAUACCCCCAGUUUUGGGACUGGACGUGGGAAAUUUACGAGCAUGCCAAGCACCAGAUCACCGAGGCCGGCCUCAAUGAGCUGCUCAUCGAUGCUCUGCACCGCGGUAUAGACCAGACCCCUCUCCCAGACUCGCAAUAUAAUGGCUUCUACGACAGCUACUUUGAAAUGAUUGAGAACCGCCAGGAGUCGCCGAAGCUGAACAAAUCCCUGGGUGUCAAGGGCGAGCUUGGUGAUCUCGUGAGACAGCUUCACCAUUUAUGGCAUAUCGAACUCCGGGAUCCCAAUAAGAAGCCGGGCUGGGGUCGAAGAUUUGAUGAAAAAUCCGACGCGCUUUUCAAAAAAGUCGGCGAGUACCUUGGUGUCAAGGGGGGAAUCACAGACGAGGUGUAUCAGUUUGCAAUUGCCUAUGGACGUCUGAGUAUGGCUCUGCCGUACAUUGCGUACCACACAAUUGACGCAAUCAUCAUUGUACAUGGUGUUAAAGCGCCUAAAUAG